CUUGAUCUUUUUCAACUCCUCAUUUUUUGACACUCAUCUUUCCUGCAAAAAUGGCCACAGCUGGUAAGGUCAUCAAGUGCAAGGCAGCAGUGGCCUGGGAGCCCAACAAGCCUCUGGUGAUUGAGGAGAUUGAGGUAGCCCCGCCCCAAGCCAACGAGGUCCGCAUCAAGAUUGUGGCAACUGGGGUGUGCCACACAGACCUGUAUCAUCUGUUUGAGGGUAUGCAUAAAGAUGGCUUCCCUGCAGUCCUCGGCCACGAGGGAGCCGGCAUCGUAGAGAGUGUCGGGAGUGGAGUCACUGAAUUUCAGCCAGGAGACAAGGUGAUCCCUCUCUUCAUCUCCCAGUGUAGAGAAUGUCGCUUCUGUAAGAGUCCUAAGACCAACCAAUGUGAAAAAGGAUGGGCUGCUGAUCGUCACGAUGUGAUGGCAUCAGUUGACUCCAGGUUCACCUGUAAGGGGAAGAAAGUGCUGCAGUUUAUGGGAACCAGUACCUUCUCUGAGUACACUGUGGUUAACCAGAUUGCUCUGGCUAAGAUCGACCCCGCUGCCCCUCUAGACAAAGUCUGUCUCCUUGGCUGUGGGAUCUGCACAGGAUAUGGAGCAGCAGUUAAUACUGCUAAGGUGGAACCGGGCUCCACGUGUGCUGUGUUUGGCCUGGGAGCUGUGGGUUUGGCUACAGUCAUGGGCUGCAAGGCUGCAGGAGCCGAGAGGAUUAUCGCUGUCGACAUCAAUCCAGAGAAGUUUGAGAAGGCCAAGGUGUUUGGCGCGACUGACUUCGUGAACCCCAAGGAUCACACUAAACCCAUCAGCCAAGUGCUGUCUGAGAUGACCAACGGAGGAGUGGACUACUCCCUGGAAUGUGUCGGGAAUGUGGGAGUCAUGCGCAGUGCCUUGGAGUCUUGUGUGAAAGGCUGGGGUGUCAGCGUGCUGGUUGGCUGGACAGACAUGUACGACUUCGCAGCCCGACCCAUUCAGCUCAUCGCUGGACGCACAUGGAAGGGCUCCCUGUUUGGAGGAUUCAAGAGUAAGGAUGGCGUGCCUAAGAUGGUUAAAGCCUACCUGGACAAGAAGGUGAAGCUGGAUGAGUUCAUCACUCACAACAUGACCUUGGCCCAGGUCAAUGAUGCCAUUGACCUGAUGAAGUUUGGCAAAUGCAUCCGGACGGUCCUGAGUGUUUCCAAACAAUAAGACCAUUGUGUUGCUUUGAAUGAUGCCAAAAUCAUUUAAUGGCGUGCAGCUGUGUGAACACAAUAUUCAUCCACACAGUACAAAGCACAUAAUAAAGAGAUCGAUCGAAUGAUGUACAAUGUAUGCGCCUGACCUUGAACAAUCAAUACUGUUCAGUGGAUUAUGUCCAGAUUGUGAGAAUCAUCUGCAGCGUUCACAUAAGCAAAAGCUAAGCAUGUCAAAAUGUUAACAGAGCAAAAUAAAUGGUCUAAACAGAUGGCAUAUGCAA